GGCGCCGACCUGGCUGGAGACGCUCCGCAAGAACGUCGCCCUCCACGCGGACGCCGACGGCAUGGACGUGGCGACAGCGGGCGAGGCCGCGCUGAAGCGGGCUCAGAAGGGCCCACGGCUGGAGGCGCGGCUUGAGGCGGAGAGGAGCUCGGCGGCGGAGGGCACCAGCUGCAGCCCCGUUCGUACCUUCUUUUUCGCGCCUGGCGCUUGGGACGUCGAGCAGCUGGCGGCUGGUGAUCAUCGGGUCGCCAGCGCGCAGCCGCAGGAGCAGGAGACCUUCGAGGCGGAGAGCGAGGCUUGCGGCGUCCAGGACGGCCUGACCUUCGACGGCUCGGAGGUGCCGAUUGUCGACGGCGGCAGCGGCGUGCCCUGCGAGGGGAUCGCGGAGGUCUCUGCGGGCACGAGCGCUGCGGAGCUGGAGGCCUUCCUCCGUGGUCUGGACGACGGCUCCGCGGCGCGGCGCGGCGAGCUCGCGGCGGCCGCCAACCGCCUCGUCGAGCUCGAGGCGCAGCUCGCCGCGGUCACCGCGGUGCAGGCGCCGAUGGCCGUCGGGUUCUUGGUCGGCAACUUCGCGGCGGAGGGCGGCCCUGCCGUGGGGGCCUCGGUCGCGGCGGCCACGGGCCGAGCGGCGGACGCCCGCGGGACGGGCGGCCGCGGCAUGCGGGGAACGGGCGGCCACGACGGCUUCGACGUGGAGCUGGAGGCCGCCGACGGCGGGAGCGGCGGGCCGAAAACCUGGCGGUCCUCAGGCGCUGCGGCCGCCCGCGCCCGCGACCUCGCCCAGCUCUUCGCCUCCUUCGUGGCGGAGAUCAGCACGCCGUGGACGCCGCCUUCGACCUGGAGGCGGACCCCAUGGGCCCAGGUCGGCGUGGGCAGAGUUUGGGAUUUAACCCAGGCUCGGCCUACGCUAAGGGAGGGAUCCUGA